CCCAUCUAUAAGGGCUUUUAGCAGCAGGUAUGGCCUACAUAAACUAAAAAGAGUCCAGGUACUGAAUUUGUGAUACAGUUAUCAAAACACAGCAGUGUGAAUGAAGCCUGAUCGUGACUGGUUCUCAUGCUUCCAGCUGCCAUUUUCAGUGGCAGGAAAAUAUAGGAAAUAGUGCAGGAAAUUUUUAUUUCAGUUCAAAUAUUAAAACAUAAUGCUGCAUUAUUAGAGAAGAGUUCCUUUCUAACAAAUAACUUUGCUAUGUACAGCUAAACAAAUGUGUUGGUGUUGCCCAUGGCAACCAUGGGCUACUGCUGUUAUUUUCCCAGUUGUAGUCUGGUUACCAGGAGUAUAGCUUAGUUCAGAUAACCUGUGCCUGACAGACAAUGCAAGGUAUUACACGGCUCAAUGCUAUGGAGCUGGCUACAGUAAUAUGGCCGACGCUCCAGGACGUUUGCCCCUCUGGCCUCAGGUACAAGCACCUAAACUUUCCCGCAGGGGCAGGAAACCCCGCAUUUCCGGAAGUGACGUAGGAAGUACGGUUUGUCUGUGGCGUCGUCCUCAUACAGGGAACGGAAUCCCACGUACUUGUGAGGAAAAUACAAAGCGCGCCAGCCGGGCUUGUGAUAACGCGAGAACAGCAGUAACAAACUGGAUUAAGGAAGAGAGCAGAGUAACUGCCAGGGAUGAUGCAUCGUGCUCCGGCAGGCCAUUCUCUGCAGCUGCCUGCAUCAUUUCCUGCAGCUUUCUUAACUUCAGCAGCCGGCCGCGGCCACCUUAGAAUAGUGACCAGCGGCAGUAGCAAUGAAUGAAAAGUGACGUCCCUGAUGCUGUGCAGCGGAGCUGGCAGAGGACGUCACUCUCCUGCUUCACUGACCGUGCAGCCCGCAAGACCCACCACCUGACCAUGCCUGCCGGAGUGCGGCUAGAUCAGUUUAGCGAAUUUUCCACGUUGCCUUUGAAAUCAACAGAAACAUGUACUGUUUGUCAGUACUGCAGGUGCUAGACCCAAGCUGUUUCUUCUGCGAAAUAUUAAAGGAACGGAACAGCGAAGAGUAUGAGCAGCUGUUCAGUGAACUGAAUUUCCUCUACAGCACAGUAUACAGAGAUGUAGAGGAACUGAAGCCGGUAUCAUUACCUUUUGGGACGGCUUGCGUAGUUUUUUAUGAAAAAAUGAAGAGUUGGUGCCGAGCCACACUGGAAUCUACUACUUGUAGUGCACAGAAUGAGCUGGUGGAUUGCUUUCUCCUGGAUUUUGCCUUGUACUGUCCCAUUAAGAAGACCAACAUUCGGUUUUCUGUGGAGGAAUGUCAGAAACUCCCAUACCGUGCAAGAAAAUUUAAGUUGCACCAGAUUCGGCCAUUAUCAUUGUGCGUUAAUAUUUCUGAAGACAAAUCAGAGUUUAGACCAACAAAAACUUGGGACACUGCUGCAAUAAAUUACUUCCAGCAACUACUUAAUGAAUCCCUCAAGAUAGAAGCUCAACUUUGCUCAGUGGACAACAACUGUAUGGGUGUAUACCUUUAUCUUACUACUAAAGAUUCCGUGAUUUGUGCUAAUGAUGAUCUAGUGGCCAAAAAGUAUGCUUCCUAUGAAAACGGAAACCCUGAAGACCAGAUUGAAAAUGGCAAAGUUAUUUCUUCAUGCCAGACUCUGCAGACUGGCCACCCAUCUACUCCUCUUACAGGAAAAUCACCCCAAUUGUUAGAAAUGCAAGAGCCAGAGAUGAUGAGCAUCCUCAGUCAAUCAUGUCAGAAAUUAAUCUCUAUAAAUCAAGACACUGAUUUUUCUGAGAAGACUGCUGAUGAUAAAAGAGAGACUGUUGGGCAGCAAAUCAAAGAAAGAUCAGCAGGUUCUAAAAAUGAAAAAACAUUAGUUUCUCUAAACAAAGAACACAGACCAUUUGGAUCUGAAAAUGAAAUGGUUAUUUCACCACAGCCCAACGAGUCUCAAUCUUCCAAACGCCCCAAGCUUGUGACCACUCCUGAUGCCUUCCUCCAUCCUGCAUGGUCUAGUGCAGAUCCAGGGAAAGUCUCAUUUGCAGAAACUGCAGAGAAACCUGCUGCAAAGAAUGGGGAGACAGCAAUGGAACCCAGCAUAGAUGCUAUGUCUUUAAAGAGUCAUGAAGAGAAAAAAACAAAUUUUGUGAGCAAGGAACAUCAAACCUCUGUAUUUGUGGAUGAUGGUGCAUUAUCUCAACCAGUGCAGCAACAUACAAUUGCAGAGAUCGGGAUAAACAGUGAUGAAAAUCCAAAUCAUACAUUUCAAGGGAAGCUGAAAACAUCAGAAAGUAAUGACAAAGCGGAACCUGAUCCUGCUCCAUUUUUGUGGCCUGCGUGGUGCAAUAGAGAUCAAAAGCGCAGGCUGUCUACUGAGAUCACAAAGAAAUCCUAUUCACAAUUAAGCUUUGUUGGUGAAAACGAGCUAGUGCUAACCGAAGAAGCUGACAAACAAAGCCUGGCAAGGCUUCUUCAGUUUUUAAGUCCUUCACCUAAGCAUUUACCAGAAGAUGAGUCUAGAAAGCCUUCAAGUUUAACGAAACCAGACUCCGUUUUUGUGAGCAAUUGUCUAGCACCGUUUUCCACCCUUGAGGAGACAUGCUUGUGUACAGAUAUUAAAAAGCGACUCAUUAUGUGUGGGUACGAGGGACCAAAUCCCACAGAAGCCUACUGCUGGACACCUAUAACCGAGGGGUAUGAUACAAUUGUAAUUGCUCCUGAUGGAUUUAAUCCUCUAUAUUAUAUCCCUCCUCUUCUAACUUACCUAAGCUGUGCAUCAGUGGCAUACAAAUUGCUGCCAGCUAAACAUGGGCCCCAUGCAGUGAUCAUCUGCCCUGGAAGGAACAAGGCUCACUCUGUUUAUAACCUGCUGAUGGAGUUUAGUAAAUACACCCGUCCCCUGAGUCCUAUGCUGCUGUUGGUUGGAAUUAAAAAAGAAGAUAUUGAGAGCAUUACCUUCAGAAAACAAUGUGAGGUUAUUGUCACUACCCCGCACAGUUUGCUGAGAUGUUUGGAGCAUCAUGGAUUUCUCCUACUUCGCUUGUGUCAUCUUGUCUUUGAUGAAGUGGAUGUCCUGUUCUCUAAAGCAGGAUCAGAGAUGUCAGAAAUACUUCAGAUCUAUAAGAAAAUAGUGACAGUAGAGAACAGGGAAGGAACACCUCAGCAAAUUGUUGCAGUUGGAAGUAAAUGGAUUCAUGGCUUAAGACCUCUACUGCAAUACACAUCAACUCCUCGUGUUGUAAUCACCAGGAUGGAGCAAGCAGCACUUUUUGCGAAUGUCCAACAGGUCAUACAGCUUUGCCUGGACUGUGAGAAAAUGUCAGUAUUGCUGCCGUGUUUAGAUUUCACACCCAUCAAUACCCAGAAAAUCAUAAUUUUCACCAAAAAUGAUGAAGAAGCUGAGUUAGUUCACAAGGUCAUUCAGACGGCUUCGGUAUACAGUUUAUUGCUGCAUAAAGGUCUUGUGCAUAAUUUCAGUCAUGUUCUAGAGCAGUGGAAAAAAGUGUUCAGUCACAGAACAUUAGUGGUCUUGGUGGUUACAGAUGACUAUGCUCCCCUCCUAGAGAUCACAGAUGCCACAUGCAUCAUUCAUUACAGUUUUCCUGAGGAUGUCGGUGUAUUAAGUCUCCGCCUGUAUUCUUUGAUGGAUUAUAUUCAGUGUAAAAUUAAUAAGAUAUCCAUGGAGGAAGAUGACUAUUUGAGGGCCAAAUCUGUUUUACUGAUGACAGAGAAACAUGCAAGCUUUGCCAUUGAUUUACUGAAAAUCCUGCAGGGUGCGGAAGCUAAAGUCCCACCUGAACUCAUAGCUCUUGCUCAGGGAUUAUUGCAGGCAUGGGAAAACCAGAAGCAGGAUCAAGAGCUUUGUCUAUAUCUUAAAACCUUUGGAUCUUGCAACCAAGAUGAGUAUGAUUGUCCUUAUCGCCAUCAUAUUAACCCUUCAUUGGACCUUCAUAAUGGGGUAGCUGCCAUUCCACAGAGCGCUCAAUAUAUAACGGUCCUCCCUCUUUGUAUUGUGGAUGCAGCUCGAUUUCUUGGCCGUGUCGUAUCCAACAAUGAUCCAUACAGUAAGCUUGCAGCAGAACUCAAUGAAUAUUAUCAGUCACCGAUGAAUAAAGUUCCGGCACGGAAAGUGGAGUGCAAACGCUUGUAUGCAAUAAGUGAUGGCUCAGAUUAUCACAGGGUUCAAGUUUUAUCUUCAAAAACCAUGGACAGUGUCUCGUGUGUCCACGUGCAGUACGUCGAUGAUGGGAAGAAAGAUGAAAUUCCUGUUCACAUGCUGUUCUUGCUGCCACCUGUAUUUCAGUCAGUCCCUCCACAAUUUAGAGAAUUUAUUGUGUGUAGGAUAAAACCUAUUGACAAUGAGUACAAGUGGGAUUCAAAAGUGAUAAGAAUUGUUUCCAAAAGUAUCAAAGGAAAACAACAUAGGGCUAAAGUUGUUCUCAGCCUUGGAAAAACUUACUGGCUGGAUCCUAUGGUGCAGGUGACCACAUUGUCUGAUUUGUCAUCCUGUGUAUAUGACCUUAAUGUACGACAGGAAAUCCUUUCUACUGGACUGGGUACUGACAACCCCCAACACAUUCUCCAUCUGAAAGCUUUGUUAGAACUCAGUGGAUCUUUUAUAAAGUGUGAAGAAGAAGAAAAUGUAGUAAUUCCUGAGAAAUCUACAGAAGAUAAUAAUAUAUCCACUCCUUCAUGUCCGGAGAAAGCAGAUCCUGGUGAUGGAAACAAGGUUGCUAAAUCCAACCUGUUGUCCCACUUUGAUAAAGAACCAGAAGAGCUUAAAGAUGUUUCUGCUCAUGUAGACUCAGAGCCUCUGAAACCGCUCUGCUUAACAAGUUUGUUUCCAGAAGUGAAAUGGUUUGAGAUGGACAAAUCUGUGAUCCUGACUGUAAAACUGAGACAAGUAACAGAUCACAAGUGCACAUUCUACAGUGAUAGACUUGUGUUUAGUUGUUAUGCUGAAGGAAAGCUCUAUGCUGCUGAUAUGGAGCUCUACAAGGAAAUUGAGGAAGACAAAUCUGAAUGUACAUUAAGGAACGGAGAAGCUGUGAUCACCAUCCAGAAGAGAAAAGCUGAAAAGUGGAAUAAGUUAUUAAAGCACAAGCAUCCAAACGUGAGUUUUGAUUUUGAUCACUUAGAAGACUCUGAAGACAGUGUUGGGUUUGGGUCAGAUAUCAACCCUACCAUCAAGUUUUACAAUGUAAUAAGUGAAGACCUAGUGUCCUCAGACUACAGUGAAUCUGAAAGUGAUUAGUCUCCUGCAAUGCAGCCAUUGACUAGAAGAAUGAUGGGGACUCUGUAAAACCAUGUAUUAUCUUCUUCCACCUUCUUUGGACUUUGUGAUUAGCAUAUAUUGGCCACAUCGUAGCUUAAUUGUUAGCACUGUUAUCUUGUCUGGAUAGGUUUCCUCCAACAAUCUAAAAACACAAUGAUAACUUAGUUUGGAAAUUUAAUAGUGAGUCACAGUCUCUGUACAGUGCUAUGGAAUAUGUUGCUAUAAUGGAAUUAAAAAAAGAUAUGUA